AUGUCCACCGCACAGGACCGUCUCAGCGCCGUGUCAGGCCAGCUCUCCGCGACCCACCCGCACGGCUUGCUCGCAGGCCAAGUCGCCAUCGUCACCGGCGCAGCGCAGGGUAUCGGCAAGGCUUGUGCUGUCCUCUUUGCAAAGGAGGGCGCAAAGGUCGUCGUGGCUGACCUUGACGAGGCCAAGGCCAACGCGGUCGUCGAUGAGAUCAAGAAGGCUGGCGGACUGGCGAUCGGCGUCGGGGGAGACGUGACCGCGCCCGAGUACCCGAAGAAGCUUGUCAAUGCGACCAUCGAGGCGUUUGGCGACAUCAACGUCCUCGUCAACAUGGCCGGAUUCACCGCCGACCGCAUGCUCCACACCACGCCCGACGACAUGUUCGAGCUGAUGCUCAAAGUGCACAACACGGCUCCCUUCCGCUUGAUCAAGGAAGUCGCGCCGUACAUGCGGAGCAAGGACCCGAAGGACAAGGGGAAGAACAGGAGCAUUAUCAAUGUUUCGUCGACUUCGGGCUUGCACGGAAACGUCGGACAGGCCAAUUACGCCACUGCCAAGGCCGGCAUUAUCGGUCUCACCAAGACUGUUGCUAAGGAGUGGGGUCCCUUCGGCGUCCGCUGCAACACCGUCGCCUUCGGUUACAUUACCACCCGCCUGACUCAGGCAAAAGAACUCGGCGAAGCUAUUGUCGUAAACGGGAAGAAAAUCCCCCUCGGUAUCCCCUCAAAAGGCUCGCACGCCCAAACGGACGACUCGCGCGUGCCCGACAUCCCGCUCGGAAGGCCCGGGUCGCCAGAGGAAGGGGCUGCUGCAUGCCUCUUUUUGGCAUCGGGAUUGGCCGCGUUUGUUAGUGGACAUACGUUGGAAGUUACGGGUGGGCGUGGAAUCUAA